AUGCCCGAGUCGUCGCAAUCCUCAAGAGAUGGCACCUCGCCUCGCAACUACGAGAUUUUCCGCGCGGCCACAAGCGCUUUAUGCAAAAAGCUAAGGGCCCAAGAGAUUCACAAGACCUCACUCAAUCGAUUGUUUUCUAUCGUCUUCAACUUCCUCGCUAUACUCCAGCUGAUUGUGGGUGCUACGAUUACAGCGCUAGGUCCAUUGGGAGACAAACAUAUGCUGGCAAUCACCAUCUUAGGGGCAGUGAAUACUGUCAUUGCUGGUGUCCUUGCUCUCAUGAAGGGGCGCGGUCUGCCGCAGCGUCUACGAAAGGAUAUGGCUGAGCUCAAAAAACUCAUGACUUUUAUUGAAGAGGUGGAGAUCAAUCUGAAAUAUGGCGAGGGCGAGCAGGCAAAUCGAGACGUUAUGAGCCUGAUCAAAGACGCUUUCGAUCAGUACAAGAUGAUUCAGGACGUGAUUGACAUAAAUCAACCCGACUCUUACGUCCAUGUGCCGCAGUUGGAGAGGAGCAAUCAGUCAGGGAGAGUCCGCCCUGUUGACGAGGAAAUGGGCAUUUCAGCCUCAUGA